AUGAUUUCAGCCGCAAUUGCGUCCUUUGUAAACCACACUAUCACUAACCCCCUAUGGUUCGUCAAGACUCGACUCCAGUUGGACCACAGAGAAGCAAGACGGGUCAGCGCUUUCCAAAUUGUCCGGGAUGCGUAUAGCACCGAAGGGAUACGAGCUUUUUAUCGAGGACUUUCUGCGUCAUAUGUGGGAAUUUCUGAAACAGUCGUUCACUUUACGAUCUACGAGAAAGUAAAAGCAAGACUGAUUAAACUUCAGCGAAAGACUAAGGAAGAUUUUAAUGUUUUUGAGUGCAUGCUCGCCGCCGGAGUUUCAAAAUCUAUUGCGGCAAGUCUUUGCUAUCCUCAUGAAGUCGCACGCACCCGGCUUCGUCAACAAGACAGCGAAUUUCUUGGCAAACACAAGUACAGAUCGUUUCUCCAAACUCUGAGAACUGUUUUGAAAGAAGAGGGAUGGAGGGGAUUAUAUGGCGGUUUAGGAACUCACUUACUACGUCAAGUUCCUAACACAGCGAUUAUGUUUUUCACUUAUGAGGGUGUAGUGCAUCUCUUGGAAUCUGGAAACGCGUAA